AUGGAUCAGCAUGUUAUUCAGCUGGUGAAGGCUCGUUACAAGAAGAUCAUGACAAACGAGAUUCUUGGAAGAGGUGAUGAUUUUCACGAUAACGUCAAACGCAUCAACAUCAAAGAUGCCAUGUUUUGGAUUGCCCAAGCAUGGGAAGCUGUUCCGGAAUCUGCCAUUCAGAAGUCCUGGAAAAUAUUGUAUACGGAGACACCGGGUGAUGAUGAGGACGACUUGCCAUUGUCCGUAUUGCAAGAAAGGCUGAGGAACAUAAUGAAUAAUAUUAACCAGCUGGAAACAAUUGACGAGGAAAACGCAGAGUUCGAGAUCCUGAAGGACGAUGAAAUCGUUGAGAAAAUACUCAACCCAUCAGUUGAUGACUUCUUUUACACAACGAACCAAGAUCACGAGGAUAGCCAACAUCUUUCUACAUCGGUUGAUCCUGAAGAUGAAAAUGUUAACGUUUCUGAUGAAGCUGCUUUGAAUGGAGCUGACGUUCUGCUUAGGUAUGCGGAAGAGCAAGUGCAUAAGGUCGUGCUGAAUGCAGCGAAACCGAUUAUCUCUGAGUAUCAGCACGGAUUCAUACCACACCGGUCUACUACAACCAACUUACUGUGCUAUACCAACGUACUGUUCCGUGAGAUAGAACGUCGCAACCAGGUGGACUCUAUUUACAUCGACUUUUCGAAAGCGUUCGACACCGUCCCGCAUGCCUAUGCCACAGAAAAACUGAAACACAUGGGAUUUCCGGAUUGGGUUGCGGACUGGAUAAGGUCAUAUCUAACGGGUUGA